CACGGCGGGCUGUCACGAGACUGGCAGCUAGCACCAAAGAGGCGCGCCCUCGCACUGAAACUCGGCCAAGCGCUGCGUCAUAGCCACCCGCCGCCGCCGUCUGUCCUGCACCGUCCCUGAGACGCUUCGCGCGUUGGACUGCCAUUAUCCGCCGGCGCAUGUGCGCGCAGCAUCCAUUCACUCCCCGCCCGCCGACGCCCACCCCCGUGCCCGUCACCUCACGUCCCGCUGCACGCCGGCCCCUUCCCUGGUCUGGCCUGCGCGCAACCCUCGCCGCGCCUUGAUAUGUCGUGGCGCGCCACCUGGACGCCCAUGCCCACCAGUCUGCGCCGCCCCCAGCAAUUGUAACCAUGGCCGAGUCCAAUGCCGAGCUGCAGGCGAAGCUGCGGGCGCUCGACCACGAGCUGGAGGAGGGCGACAUCACGCAAAAAGGAUACGAAAAGCGGAGGACCCUCCUCCUGUCGCAGUACAUCGGCGCUGAUCAGCAGGAGCAGCUGCAAGGCCAGCUCCGCCUCGCCAACCCCUCCGAGGAUUCUGGCUCGCGCUCCGCAUCGCUCGCCGCCCUCUCAGGCCCUCCGCAGCCGCCCACGCUCGAACUGCCCCAGGACGAGACGCCCUACAGUGCUCCACCCCGCAACAAUGGCAACGGCGGGAGUCCCCAAUACAUGGCAUACCCGCCGAGCCAGGUCGGGCGCUUCCAGCAGAAGCAGCUGGGUCUGCGCACCAGUUCCCUGGAGAGACGGGCGUCCUACGGCAGCGAGACCUUCAUCCCGCGCCCUGGGACCCCCGAGACCUACCCGUACUCUCGCGACGGCACCAUGGUCGGGUCCAACUUUGCCUUCAACCCGGAUACCCAGGGUGGCUUCGAUGCCGGCUACGGCUCGCCCGGAGCCGACAUCAGUCGCCAGAGCACGAUGCUGGAUGCACACCAGGGCUACUUCUCCGACUUUACCGGCCAGCAGAUGGACGACAAUCGCGAUUCGUACGGCGGCCCGAACCGCUACUCGUCUGGGGAUGCUUUCUCCCCCACCGCUGCCAUCCCCCCGCCCAUGAUGACCCAGGGUGACCUCCCAGGAGGCGUCAUUGAAAGCAUGCUUCCGCUCGAGCCGCGCGAUCUUCCCUUUGAUGUGUACGACCCGCACAAUCCCAACAUCCUCAUGUCCAAGUUCGACAACAUCGGUGCAGUCUUGCGACACCGAGGCCGCGUGCAGCCACGCCAGCCCGCUUUUUGGGUGCUGGAUUCCAAGGGCAAAGAGACGGCAUCCAUAACUUGGGAAAAGGUGGCGAGCCGAGCUGAGAAAGUCGCAAAGGUCAUACGAGACAAGAGCAACCUCUACCGUGGAGACCGCGUCGCGCUGGUGUAUCGCGAUACAGAGAUUAUCGAGUUCGCUGUAGCGUUGCUGGGAUGCUUCAUUGCAGGCGUUGUCGCAGUCCCCAUCAAUAGCGUGGACGACUACCAGAAACUCAACCUUCUCUUAACCACAACCCAGGCGCAUCUCGCUCUCACCACCGACAACAACUUGAAGGCCUUCCACCGUGACAUCAGCCAGAAUCGCCUGAAAUGGCCAAGCGGGGUCGAAUGGUGGAAGACGAACGAGUUCGGAAGCUACCAUCCCAAGAAACACGACGACACACCUCCACUGCAGGUUCCCGAGGUGGCGUACAUCGAAUUCUCGCGUGCCCCGACUGGUGACUUGCGCGGGGUCGUGCUCAGCCACCGCACCAUCAUGCACCAGAUGGCAUGCAUCAGCGCCAUCAUCACUACAAUUCCCACGGGCGUCGGCAGCUCAGACACUUUCAACACGAGCUUACGAGACAAGAAUGGGAACUUCAUCGCAAGUCCUCCAAGAUCGUCACCCACCGAGGUCAUCCUGAGUUAUCUGGACCCGCGCGAAAGUGCUGGCAUGAUUCUUGGUGUGUUGUACGCCGUCUACGGCGGACACACUACAGUGUGGAUGGAAGCGCAAACAGUGGAGACACCAGGGUUGUAUGCGCAUCUUAUCACAAAGUACAAGACUACCAUCAUGGUAGCCGACUAUCCUGGGUUGAAGCGUGCUGCAUACAACUACCAGACGGACCCCAUGGCGACACGCAAUUUCAAGAAGAAUUUGGACCCCAACUUUUCUUCAGUGAAGCUGUGUCUGAUAGACACACUGACCGUUGACACAGAGUUCCAUGAGAUCCUAGGAGACCGUUGGCUGCGGCCGAUGAGGAACCCUAGAGCAAACGAGCUGAUAGCCCCUAUGUUGUGCUUGCCCGAGCAUGGUGGCAUGAUAGUCUCUGUAAGAGACUGGCUAGGCGGUGAAGAACGCAUGGGCUGCCCCUUGAGCAUGGAAGAGGAAGAACAAAUUGACGAGGAAGAAAAGGCCGAGGACACACCAGUCAAUGGAUACUCCAGUCUGAUUGGCGGUGGCAUCACCAAAAAGACGAACCAGAAGAAGAGUCGCACAGAGCUGACAGAGAUCCUGCUAGACAAGGAAGCACUGAAGAUGAACGAGAUAGUCGUUGUGGCAAUGGGCGAAGAAGCCCGAAAACGAGCGAACGAACCGGGCACCAUGAAGGUGGGCGCUUUUGGGUAUCCCAUACCCGAUGCCACACUCGCUGUUGUCGAUCCUGAAACCAGUCUCCUAUGUUCGCCAUAUACUGUUGGUGAAAUUUGGAUAGAUUCGCCAUCAUUAUCUGGAGGCUUCUGGCAGUUACAGAAGCACACCGAAACCAUCUUUCACGCACGGCCAUACCGCUUCGUCGAGGGUAGCCCAACUCCUCAGCUUUUAGAGUUGGAGUUCCUCCGUACAGGGUUGCUGGGCUGCAUUGUAGAGGGCAAGAUCUUUGUGUUGGGACUGUAUGAAGAUCGCAUACGACAGCGCGUUGAAUGGGUUGAGCAUGGCGUAUUUGAAGCUGAGCAUCGCUAUUUCUUUGUGCAGCAUCUGGUCACGAGCAUUAUGAAGACGGUGCCAAAGAUAUAUGACUGUUCUGCAUUCGAUGCUCAUGUCAAUGGGGAAUACCUUCCUAUUAUUGUGGUAGAGACGCAAGCCGCGUCAACCGCACCUACGAAUCCGGGAGGCCCGCCACGGCAACUGGACAUUCCGUUUCUCGAUUCCUUGUCAGAAAGAUGCAUGGAGGUACUCUACCAGGAGCAUCACCUCCGCGUCUACUGCGUCAUGAUCACAGCGCCCAACACACUGCCGCGUGUGAUCAAGAAUGGCCGGCGAGAAAUUGGCAACAUGCUUUGCCGCAAAGAAUUCGACAACGGCUCGUUGCCCUGCGUGCAUGUCAAGUUUGGCGUGGAGAGAGCUGUUCAGAACAUUGCACUCGGAGAUGAUCCUGCCGGCGGAAUCUGGUCACCACAAGCCUCGAUGGCGCGGCAGAACUACCUUUUGCUGCAGGACAAGCAGUAUUCUGGCGUCGACCACCGCGAAGUAGUCAUCGAUGAUCGCACCUCAACACCGCUCAAUCAAUUCUCGAAUAUUCACGAUCUGAUGCAGUGGCGUGUAUCACGGCAGACUGAAGAGCUCGCCUACUGCACCAUUGACGGUAGAGGCAAAGAAGGAAAGGGCGUCAACUGGAAGAAGUUUGACCAGAAAGUGGCUGCGGUCGCAGUAUAUAUGAAGAACAAGGUCAAAAUCACAGCCGGCGACCACGUACUUCUCAUGUACACGCACUCGGAAGAGUUCGUCUUUGCCGUUCACGCCUGUUUCGUCCUAGGCGCAAUCGCGAUACCGAUGGCACCAAUCGAUCAGAAUCGGUUGAAUGAAGAUGCUCCAGCGCUCCUCCACAUCAUAUCCGACUUCAAAGUCAAGGCAAUCCUCGUCAACACAGACGUGGAUCACCUACUCAAGAUCAAGCAGGUAUCGCAACACCUGAAGCAGUCGGCUGUCAUUCUGAAAGUGAAUCUCCCAAACAUCUACAACACCACAAAGCCUACCAAGCAGUCGAGUGGUUGUCGCGAUCUUGGCUUGACAAUCAAGCCAGCCUGGGUCCAGUCAGGGUAUCCGGUACUGAUAUGGACGUUCUGGACUCCUGAUCAGAGGCGGAUAGCGGUCCAGCUUGGGCACAGCACCAUCAUGGCGUUGGGGAAGAUCCAGAAAGAGACUUGUCAAAUGACUAGCACGCGGCCUGUUUUGGGCUGCGUCCGUAGUACGAUAGGGCUCGGCUUCAUCCAUACGUGCGUCAUGGGUAUUUUCCUGGCAGCCCCGACAUACCUUGUCUCGCCCGUGGACUUUGCACAGAACCCCAACAUCCUGUUCCAAACGCUUUCGCGGUACAAGAUCAAGGAUGCGUAUGCAACAAGCCAAAUGCUUGACCAUGCCAUGGCACACGGUGCUGGCAAAACCAUGGCCAUGCACGAGCUAAAGAAUCUGAUGAUCGCCACUGAUACCAGACCCCGCGUCGACGUUUAUCAACGCGUGCGGAUGCAUUUUGCCUCAGCGAGUCUCGACAGAACAGCCAUCAACACAGUCUACUCGCAUGUCCUCAACCCGAUGAUCGCAUCGCGCUCAUACAUGUGCAUUGAGCCUAUCGAAUUACAUCUCGAACUGAAUGCGCUCCGUCGGGGUCUCAUCAUGCCCGUCGACCCUGAUACAGAACCACACGCGCUCUUCGUCCAGGACUCGGGUAUGGUGCCCGUCAGCACGCAGAUCUCCAUUGUGAAUCCAGAAACCAACAUGUUGUCUCUCGUCGGCGAAUAUGGCGAGAUCUGGGUGCAGUCGGAUGCGAACGCGCAUAGCUUUUACGGGUCUAAAGAGCGGCUUGAUGCCGAGAGAUUCAACGGUAGGACAGUGGACGGAGAUCCGAACGUGAGGUAUGUCCGGACGGGUGAUUUGGGUUUCUUACAUAAUGUCACGCGCCCCAUCGGACCUGGUGGCGCUCCGGUCGACAUGCAAGUCUUGUUCGUCCUUGGCAGUAUCGGGGAUACGUUUGAGGUCAAUGGAUUAAACCACUUUUCGAUGGACAUUGAGUCGUCCGUGGAGCGGUGCCACCGAAAUAUCGUGCCUGGAGGCUGUGCCGUAUUCCAAGCCGGCGGUCUCGUCGUCGUAGUUGUCGAGAUCUUUCGCCGCAACUUCCUGGCCUCCAUGGUGCCGGUCAUUGUCAACGCCAUCCUCAAUGAGCACCAACUCGUCAUCGACAUCGUUGCCUUUGUCAUCAAAGGCGACUUCCACCGCUCACGUCUCGGCGAGAAGCAACGCGGCAAGAUCCUCGCAGGAUGGGUCACGCGCAAGAUGCGUACCAUUGCGCAAUACAGCAUUCGAGACGGCGGCAUGGACAACAUCUACGAGGGCGCCGAGCCACAGGGCCGCCCCAGCACUAGCACUUUCCGGCAUAGUACCAGUGGCGGGCCCGGCAGCAUGAAGGGUAGCAUGCGGGCAAGCAGCACACUGGGCAUGACUACUGCGAUGAACAACCUGCAGCUGCAGACAGUGGGCGGCAGCAUGAUACAAGAACUCCCCUCACAACCGCAACCUCGCCUGAUGAGCCUGGGCGCCCCUCUCCCGCAGGGUGUAUCCGAGAUGCCUGGGGAGCGGUAUCCAGAAAGCAUCCCCGAGCUGGGGACAGGCAGCAUCUCCGAGUUGCGCGCAGACGACACGCCGACCGAGCAGAAGCAGCCCCAGUUCCUGCCGCAUCUGCAGGACGGCGGCGGCCCAGCACACUACUCCCCCGUCGAUGCAACGGGCGUCUUCGACUCGCCUAGCGAGCAGUACGGGCCUGGCUUCGACGCAACCAAAGGCCAGUACGGCGCGUCCGGGCUCUCUACCGUGCCUCUCCCGAGCGUCCUGCGCCCAGGCCCGCCCGCCGAACAACCGCCCCAGCCCCAGUACGCCAACAAACCGUACCUUAACUACCAGGAGCAGCAGCCGUACCAGCAGCCGCAAAACCACAGCGUAGACGACGGCAGGAGCUCGAACUGGCCGUUGGGCGGCGACGAGCACGAGGAGACGCAGCAGCAGAGGGGCGGUCUGCGCGUCGCGAAUGCGAGUCGCGACUCCACGGACAGCGAGGCGGAGACGGAGUGGCGGCAGGACGCGGCCAUGAUGAUGAAUUUUGCAGGGUCGGGACCCGGGUCGAUAGGGAGGUUAAACUAGGUUAUGAUUGUACGGGUUGGUGAAUGAUAAAGUCAUAGUUAUGUUUACGGCAUGUCGUCCAGGCAAGGGGCUUACAACAUUGCAUAAUGCGUUUGGAUUGCUUUGUGUGAAAGCGAGUAGCCUCUGUGCUCAUGAUGUGGCCCUCGCUCGAGUUAUGUCGUGCAGAAGGGUCAUUUGGGCAGCGGCACAAGCGUCAGCAACGGUGCAUGUGGACGUUGUGUGUGUAGGCUAGGAUUUGUAGGAUCGGUCGCAACAACUCAUUUCGAGGCUUCCUAAGCG